AUGCAGAUGCAUUGUCAAGAAGACCUUGCCCUGAAGAUUGCAAGCAUUAUACUAGGCAAGAAAGUGGUAUGUUUGAGGACGCUCAGGACAGACCAGCUCAGCAAUAAGUGGAAGGACAGCCUACAAUAUGCACAGCAGGAAGAUUCGGACAUCAAGCCGAUUCUGGAAUGGAUGAAGGCCAGUGUUACUAAGCCCAAGUGGAGCGACGUCUCAGCAAUGAGUUCGACCACGAAAAGGUAUUGGGCCCAAUGGGACAGCUUGCUGAUUCAGUAUGGAGUCCUGUGCCUUAAAUUGGAAAAUGGUCGGGGAGACAGUUGUCAUUUGCAAAUGGUUGUCCCUAAGGCUAAAGUACCGGAUGUUCUACAGCUGUACCAUAAUGGUUGUUCAAGAGGCCACCUGGGAGUUAAACAAACUCUACUGAAGAUCCGAGAACGGUUUUAUUUGGUGUACUGUCCUGACGAUGUCGAGGACCUUAAACUAACAUAG